UUGGCUUGUUCGGUCGACGUCAUCGCUUCAGGUUGCAGGUGGUUUUACGAACAUGUGCAGCACGACAAGAUUAAGAUAACGCUUGAGUCCACCAAGUGAGUACAGACACAAGACCAAGCUGAUAUUACUAUAAUGCGACUCCGUCACAUUUUUCUUUUCUUCCUUCUUGGAAUGUUUGUUGGCUUAUCACUGAGUGGGUGUCACCUGAAUGCGAAGCUCAAAUGGCUGCUCUCUCUGAUUCUCAGGCUUGUUUACUGGGGAUUCACCUCCAUUUGGUUUAGAAAUCAUCUAACAGGUCAACUGGGUCGGACAGACGUUGCUUCUGUGACACCAUGGUUAGCCCCGAUUGUUUGGGAAGGAACCUUUGACUCCACAGUGAUCGACUCUAUCCACAAACAACAAAACAUCACCAUAGCAACCACUGUCUUCGCUUUGGGAAAAUAUACACGUUUUCUUAAAGAUUUCUUGGAAUCAGCAGAGGAGCAUUAUUUUGUUGGAUUUCAUGUGCAUUACUACCUGUUUACAGAUCAACCAGAGGAAGUUCCUAAUGUAAAACUAGGUGAAGAACAUUACCUGACGGUAAAGAAGGUUCCAAGUAUGAACCGAUGGCAGGAUAUUAGUAUGAACAGGAUGAAAAUACUGGAGAAACUAAUAGAGAAUGAACUGGCCAGUGAGGCAGACUACAUCUUCUGCCUUGAUGUCGAUACAAAGUUCUAUGGCCGCUGGGGAGUGGAGUCUUUGGGUCGUCUGGUAGGUGUGAUACAUCCCUGGUUCUUUGAUGCUCCAAGGUUUAUAUUCACAUAUGAGCGUAGACCAGAGUCUCAGGCAUACAUUCCAGCUGGAGAAGGUGAUUAUUAUUAUACUGGCGCUGCAUUCGGCGGCUCAUUGAAAGAUGUGCAUCAUCUCACCAAAACCUGUCGGGAGCAGAUAAACAUUGACAUCGCAAACUCCAUUGAGGCGAUAUGGCAUGAAGAGUCCCACUUGAACAAGUAUUUCCUUCAUAACAAACCCAGUAAACUGCUUUCACCUGAAUAUCUGUGGCGGGACAUUAGUAUGAGUUCAGGCCGAGUAAAAAUAAUUCGCUUCUCUCAUGUUUCCAAAAACAAUGCUGAAGUUCGUCCAAACUUGUAGCACUUUUGAAAGAGUUUAUAUCCACAUUAACACGUUGAGUUUCACAAGUAAAAAAAUCUUUACUUUUGGGGAAAAAUGGGCAAACACAACUGUUGUUUCUGAAAAAAAAACAACUUUGUAGAUUGUAAAUGUGAUUUAAAAACAUGAUUGUGUAAAUGAGUGUGAUGAAGUGAGUUAUGUUUCAACAGAGACAUCCACCUAAAAGACAAUACAGUUUUAAUCAAUCAUGAAUGUCAAAUCCUUUUUGUCAAAUAUUUUUCUAGUAAAACAAAUGGUUUAACAUCCUUAA